AAUUAGAAAGAGUUCUUAUACACCUAGUUUCAAAAAAAUCUUUUUUGAAGGCAAGGGAAAUUAACUAGAUGAGCACAUGACACUUUUUGAUCCUAUUAAAAUCAAUGAAAAUGUUUGCUUCUAAAAAAGCAUUCUUGAGCCAUCUCUUAUUCGGCAUCUUGGCUGCCCUCAGACCCCUCGUGAAGCCCAAGAUCAUCAAAAAGAGGACCAAGAAGUUUAUCUGGCACCAGUCAGACCGAUAUGUCAAAAUUAAGCGUAACUGGUGGAAACCCAGAGGUAUUGACAACAGGGUUCGGAGAAGAUUCAAGGGCCAGAUCUUGAUGCCCAGCAUUGGUUAUGGGAGCAACAAGAAAACAAAACACAUGCUGCCCAGUGGUUUCCUCAAGUUCCUGGUCCACAAUGUCAAGGAGCUGGAAGUGUUGCUGAUGUGCAACAAAUCUUACUGUGUGGAGAUUGCUCAUAAUGUUUCCUCCAAGAACCACAAAGCCAUUGUGGAAAGAGCAGCCCAGCUGGCCAUCAGAGUCACCAAUCCCAAUGCCAGGCUGCUCAGUGAAGAAAAUGAAUAGACAGUGCAUGUGCACAUUUUAUUUGUGUUUGAAUAAAACCAUAAAAACUG